AUGACUACUACCACCCCCCACAACCACUGGCCCCUUUCGGACGCAGCAACCACCUCUCCAUACUGUGGACCCCCAAACUAUCGUUCUCUCGCAAACUCGGUCACCACAAAGACGUACCGCCCACUCAAGCAGUCCUCAAUAAUCCCCUUCGGCAACUGGCUUGUUCACCACCCAUGGACAGUUCUCACGGUACAUGAAUUUGAGAGGAAAUGGAAACAUUACGUCGCAAGCAUCACCUCCGCAUAUCACCAUUUCUUCCCGGAAAAGAAACUGCGGAAGCAUUGCGGCGACCUGCCAUGGAUCACUGACAGAAUCAAAAGAUUAAUGAACCAACGCGAUCAUGCCCAUCGCACCAGUAACACCGCUCUCUAUAAAUCCCUCCGCAACAAAGUAAUCAGAGAAAUUAAAUUAGCAAAAGCUAAUUUCUACCCUAGCAAACUCCACCAUAUGAAACUAAUAAAAGCGUGGAACGGUAAGAUGAAAGAACUUUGCGGGCUGAACAAGGCACCGCGCUCUUUCCCUUGCAUCAACCACCUGUCCGGUCAUGACGCUGCCAACGAGGUAAACACUGUCGCAAUCUGCCAACGUCUCCCCAGCCUCGACGCCACCCAGCUCCCUGCCUAUCUCCCCAUGCGAACUACUGCUCCGGAGUUCGCCCCUGAGCUCAUCAAGCCACUCACUUCCAUUAUCAAUGCCUCAUUGCAACAGACAAAGACACCAUCAGAUUGGAAAACCUCCUACGUGACAGCUGUGCCCAAGACGCCCUCCCCCGAAGCCGUUGACGAGACCCGUCCCGUGUCCAUCACCUCCAUGCCCAGCCUCUUGUGCGAGAGUUUCGUGUCAGAGUGGGCCUACGCCGAUCUUCACCCGAAUUUUGAUCAGCAACAGGAUGGAAACAUAAGGUCCACUUCCACCUCCCACUACCUCAUAAGCCUCGUGGACUACAUCUACACAAAUUUAGAAAAACGCGAAACUUCCGUCGUCGCCACUCUCAUCGACUUCAGCAAAGCUUUUGACCUCGUUGACCAUACCACAGUCGUCAGGAAGGCAUCCGCGAUUGGACUCCUUCUGAUAAAUGAUACCCUCCGUGACACUCCAUCCCGCUGGAAGUAUGUGGAUGACUCAACUAUUGCAGCUACCGUCAACAACACGUCUCCUGGCUACCAACCAUCACGUUACCUUAAACAACCUGCUCGCCUGGACAAAUGCUAA